AUGAAUAAACCAGCAUUGUAUCACAAAUCCCACAGCUCAGUGAAAGAAGAUGCUGGACAAUUGUUAACAAAAUUUGCCGAGAAGUUGCAAUGGCGUUCAGACGGCGGUGAUCACCUCUUAGAAAUUGGUUGUGGACCCGGUGAUGUUUCUAUGGGUUAUCUUUAUCCCUUGAUGCCAGAAAAUUACGGAAAAUUGAUCUUCAGUGAUGUAUCAACGAAAAUGUUGGAUUUCUUUGAGAAAAAUUAUGACCUUCCGAAAAAAUGUCAUUUAAAGCAGAUCGAUAUUGUCGGGGCAAAUUCUUUACCCACUGAUAUGUUGGGUCAAUUUGAUCAUGUAAUACCCUGCUUGGUACUACAUUGGAUACCAGAUAAUAGAACAGCUUUGGAAAAUAUUUUCAAACUAUUGCGUCCGGAGGGCGGUGAUUGUAUUUUAAUAUUCUUUGGUUAUAACAACAUAUUCGAGGCCAAUCACAUCAUCAGUUCCAAUCCCAAAUGGUCGCAAUAUAUCAAAAAUGUAAAUCGUUUUGUAUCACCUUUACAUCAUAGCCAAAAUCCCAAAGAGACAUUUUGUAAAAUGAUGGAAAAUUCGGGAUUUUGUAAUAUUAGUAUUGAGCUAAAUCAGGGUAUAUAUUAUUAUGAUAAUUUUGAAAAUUUCAAAGAAAAUAUAAUUCCCGUUUGUGGCAUUUUCGAUUUUAUACCCAAAUCAAGGCAUGACGAAUUCUUGGAAGAUUAUUUUAAUGUAAUGGCCAAAACUACUGCGAAAAAACUUGGAUUGCCUUUGAAGGAUUCCAUGUAUGCCGUAUCUUCUGAUAUGUUUGUGGUGUAUGGUCAAAAGAGGCCUUGA